CCACCUCUCGGAAUCUAUCGAUAUCUGCACUCUCGCAAGGAGAAACCACUUAUAGGUUAAUCCUCUGUGCUACACCAUGGCUGCAAACGCCAGAUACGAGCCAGCCCCUCAACGAGACUCAUUCGAGGAACGAGCAUUUACUCAACCGCCACCAUCUUAUCAGGCAACAGACGACAAUGCACCGCGCGCUGAAGGAGACAAUAUCCCUGAUGAUUUCAAGUUCGGUGGUUCAGUUGCGGAGGCGACUCUUCCCAUCCGCAUGCAGUUUGUCCGCAAGGUCUAUUCUAUCUUGACCGUACAGAUUCUCCUCACGGCUGUCAUGAGCUCAAUCUCGUUCGUUAGCGACAGCUACCGCUAUUGGAUUCAGUCUAACCCCUGGAUGAUGCUGGUGUCUGUUUUUGGCGCUCUCGGCUUCAUGCUCAUAACCUACUGGAAGCGCAAGAGCUACCCAUCCAACUUGCUAUUCUUGACUGCCUUCACACUUCUCGAGGCCUACGCCGUCAGCGUAGUUACGUCGUUCUAUGAUGCCAGCAUCGUCGUUCAAGCCCUCGUCCUCACUCUUGGUAUUUUCAUAGCGCUAACGCUUUUCGCAUGCCAAACCAAGUAUGACUUCACCAACUGGAUUCCUUACCUAUUCGGAGCUCUGUGGUUCCUGAUUCUGUUUGGAUUCAUGGCUGCUUUCUUCCCCAUGGGCAGCACUGCCGAGCUCGUCUACGGCGCCCUCGGUGCUUUGAUCUUCUCUGGAUAUAUCUUGGUCGAUACUCAGUUGGUCAUGCGUCAUUAUCAUGUCGAAGAGGAGAUCGCUGCUUCUAUCUCCCUCUAUCUGGAUGUUCUGAACUUGUUCCUCUCCAUCCUGCGUAUCCUCAACCAACAGAACAACAACUAAGCGGGUGGCUUGUCUCUUGACCCUGCAACUGGAGAGAAACAAAUGCAACAGAGAUAGCAUUAACUCUAUAUGGGUCAUUGCUCAGUUGGGAAUGAAGCUAUACAGCUUAUCGCGAAUUUGGGUUAGGUAUCCGGUGGAGGAUAUAUUUCAGAGUUAAAUAUCCUAUUCGCAGCAGGGAACUUUUAUAUUCGUUCAUGACCGAGAAUGUGAUGGUCUUUUGGACUCGCAUUUUCCCUCAUUCUGGCGUUUUCCCCCUAAUUAAAUACGAGACAAAGGCUUGCAUAUACAUAUCACUGUAAUUCUACUUUCUGUUUUUUGUUGCGUCGAUGCUACAUCAAUAAUUAAAUUGGAAACCCCAUAC